AUGACAGUUCACCUGCCACGUCAUGAAUCUGGGUUUGGAUUUAGGAUUAUUGGAGGAACAGAAGAAGGCUCUCAGGUAUCAGUCGGCCAUAUUGUUCCAGGGGGAGCUGCAGAUCAAGAAGGAAAGUUAUGUCAGGGGGAUGAAAUAAUAUUUGUAGACCAGAACUGUGUUAUUAAUUCGACUCAUCAUCGAGUGGUACAGUUAAUGGGUCACGCCUCUCUUAAUGGUCAUGUGACCAUCACAGUCAGACGUAGAUUAACAGGGACAGGACCAGAUAUUACAACCCAUACUACUGGUGGACAGACCUACCCUUAUGAUGUCACAGUAACACGUCGUGAAAACGAAGGAUUCGGGUUUGUAAUAAUCUCGUCGGUCACGAAAUCAGGGUCUACCAUAGGUGAGUUUAUUGAGAACAGUCCAGCAGAAAGAUGUAGUCGUCUACAUGUUGGUGAUCGUAUUCUAGCAGUCAAUGGUGUUAACAUUUCUCAGAUACAUCAUGAAGAUAUUGUUAAUUUAAUAAAAGAAUCAGGUUAUUCCGUUACCUUGACAAUAGGACCUCCUCCAGGUAAUUAG